AUGUCUCUCCCAUGGCUGGACCAGCCGGUCUUGCUGCACUCAAGCCGUGACGCUGGCAUGUGCUCCAUGACGCCAGAACAAUGCGCUUUGAAAACCUCAUACUGGGUUUUCUGGUACGAAGCCGACCAUCGAUAUGGCCUUCCAACAAUCGCCUUCUUCCUCACAGCCAUUCUUAUCGUCGCUAUCGCCAUGACUCUAGGUCCCCGGCCCUACUACUGGCCAAACACUAGGCAGAUCAGCUUCGGCAACUCACCACCUAUUGCCACGCGAGCUGGGUACAUGGCACUGGCGUGUAUGCCGUUCCUCUUCAUCCUCGGCGCCAAAGCAAACCCGAUUUCGACCCUUACCGGGAUAUCACAUGAGAAGCUCAAUCUAUGGCACAACUGGGUUGCAUGGGCCAUGUUCGCUCUCGCCCUUGUUCACACAUUCCCGUUCAUCGUGUUUCAUGUCUGGAAGGGAGACAUUGUGAAGUCAUUCAAUGAUGGAGGAAUAUGGGUUACCGGUGUUAUUGCUCUAAUAGCGCAGGCCUGGCUAACUUUCAUGUCUAUUCGUUGGAUCCGCGACCGGUAUUACGAAUUCUUCAAGGCAACACAUCUCUUUGCUGCUGCGGUCUUUUUCAUCUUCUUCUUCAUUCAUUGCGACUUCCGUCUUACGUCCUGGGACUACUUUAUUGCUACUGCCGUCCUCUAUUCGCUCUCCUGGUUCUAUUCGCAGUUCAAGACCUUUAUGGAACAUGGGGUCAGCCAUGCACGUCUUUCCAAGGCUACACAAGACUCUCUUAUGGUCACCAUUGAGACCAAUACGAAGUGGACCCCUGGACAACACGUGUACCUACGCUUCCUAACAUGCGGCCUCCAUGCACUCACCGCGCACCCGUUUACUAUCUCUUCGGUUCCUCAGCGUGGUAAACGCAGUCAAAUGGUCUUUUACUUGCAACCCAGAGGCGGAAUAACUGGUAGAUUGGCAAAGCUUGCAGAGAAAUCUCCUGGCAUGUCAGUACCUGUUCUUCUCGACGGACCUUACGGAGGGGUGACCAGCAGAUGGUUCAAAGGCUUUGACAAAACACUGGUUGUUGCUGGUGGAGCCGGUGCUGGAUUCUCAUUGCCAAUGAUUGAACACUUCAUGGAAAGACAUUACGUCGGAUCGGAACUCGAGGUGGUUGUGGUUUCAAGAGAUCCUGGUUUCCGAGAGUGGUACUGCCAAGCUUUGAACGAUAUUGCCGAACGGCAUGCUGCGACGGAAGACAUCAAGGCGAUGCGUGUGGUUGUCAAGGUUCAUGAGACUAGCCCGUCAAGCCAAAUUUUACCCUCCGCGUCCGAGCCCGGAACGCCAAAUGAUAAAGAAGUCAUGGAUCACUCAACGGCCGUCUCGACGAAAGGAAGUGUUACUACGGGUCCGAUCAAUAUUCAAUCCCUGACAGGACGGCCGAGCAUUCCAUUGAUUGCGCAAGCAACAACCGAGAAGCAAGGGACAGUGGGCAUGGUCGUCUGUGGACCAUCCUCUAUGGUCUUUGAUUUAAGGCAAUGCGCUGCAACUGCACAGCAACGCAUCAUGCAAGGAAAGGCCGCAGCUGAAGAGGUCUGGUUCUAUAAUGAAAGCUUUUCGUUCUAG